UUGACAACAAUUAUCUCUCAUAAUUAGUCCAUUCAGAUUAUAAAACUCGAUCGGGCGUACUUCGACAUAGAAUUUCUUCUAAAAGCCAUGUCCUUCGCCUUAUUUUAUUUAUGCGUAGUGUCGCAUUAUUACGUCGAUUUAAUCGAAAUAAAAAUGAUAAAUGUGAUAUGGAAUCGUAUCGAGUACGAUUGGAACGAGAUUAUUACUACAAGGGGUAUCAAUAUUUUGAAGGAAUACGCAUCCACUAGCAGAUCGUAUAAUAUUAUUAUUAUAGGUUUAUAUUACGUUUCCAUAAUAUUUCUUACAAUUCAAACAAUUUUACCAACGUUAUUGGACGUAGUUUUACCAUUAAACGAAAGCCGUCCAUUGAAGUCGCCGAUCCUAAUGGAUUCGCUUAUCGAAGAAACAAUAUAUUUUUAUCCAAUGUUAGUAAGCACAUACAUUUUGUUAAUAUUCUUCGGAAUCGUUACAACAGCCAUUAAUGGAUUCUUCGUGGUCUGCGUUCAACAUGCUUGCGCUAUGUUCCAUUUGGUCCGGUAAAAUCAAAUGAAAUGAAAGAAGAUAUGAUAUAAAAAAAAAAAAGAAUAAUAAUAAAUCAAUUAAUCAAUAAAUAAAAAGAUAUAAUAAUAAUAAUGACGACGAUGAUGAUGAUGAUGAUGAUGAUGAUGAUGUUGGUGCAAAUCAAAAAAGCUAGAAUCGUAAUAACAUUUUUUCAGAUAUACGUUGGACGAAGCCUUUGAGAACGUAAAUCAAAAAUUAUACGUAAACGAGGAGAAUGA